GUGAUUAAACUUAACUACACUAUUAAGUACAAAAGAAGAACUAAAAUGUAUAUUAAAUUGUGAAUAUGGUAGAAAAUCAAACAAAAACUAUACCAGACAGAGCGGCGUUAAACUCGCCAGCGUCCCUUGUUACUAGGGAACCUCUAAAUAAUAAAACAUCUUAAGGAAUUCCUCAAUAGUUAGUUCAAUAGCUGAAUGAUAAAAAGAUCAGCACGAUGGUUUGGUAGAACGUUUUGGUUUUGCACACAUCCAACAGCCCUACGACUUUAAUCAAUCUCAUCCAAGUCUUAGAUUAUAUGAUCAGUCAAACCUCUGGAUACUGUGGUCAGAUGUGGCAAAAAGACAUGGACUUUACUCUCACUACAGGUAAUUGUCAAAGAACAGAUAUGGUUUAUAGUCUCAUGGUCUUUUAAUUUAUAGAGAUUGCAGCCAUACAGCGAGCAAAAGAAGUCAUGGCACAGGUUCAACACAGAUUUGAUGAGGAAAUCAAGCACCAUGCCGAGACCGACACAACAUUUAUGAACUUCAUCAGGGGCAUUAUGGCAGAUCUGCUAAAGGAAACGAUACAGAAAACCACUAUUGGUGUGUUUGGAAAGACAGGAGAUGGUAAAAGCUCUGUGAUCAAUGCCAUCCUGGAUGAGAAGGAGCUGUUACCAACAGGGACACUCAGGGCCUGUACAUCAGUCAUCAUACAAGUGGAGGCUGGGGCUGAGAGAGACCAGUACACAGCAACUAUUGAAUUCAUCUCAAAAGAGGCCUGGGAAAAAGAGCUAAAAAGCCUUGUAGGUUUUCUAGCAGAACCCAAGGAAAGGAAUAAAACCAUGUGCAAAAUGGCCAAAGACAAGAUCGAAGCACUGUAUGGAGAGAAUAAAAGUAGCAAAAGCUUUGAGGAACUCAUGAAGGACGAUCGUUCAACGGAAAUUGCAGGGAUGCUCACAUUAACCACUAAAACCAUCUCACACGUUAAGGUAAGUUAAAGUUCUUGCAGCUGUAAAUUGUAACUGUAUGUGAGUUCAAGUGAGUUUAUUUAAAGCUCAUAUUUGUGAAAAAAUGAUAACUUAAUUAGUCUAAUUCCAUGUUCAAAACAGGUCUCAGAUCUCUCUGAUGAAAUCAGGCACUAUGUCACACAUGAUGCGAAUGAUCUUGGGGGACUCUUUUGGCCAGUAGUGAAGACUGUGAGAAUCGGAGUGCCAGAUCACAAAGAGCUUUUACAGAACAUCGUGCUGGUUGAUCUUCCUGGAACUGGAGACUGUAAUCAGACCAGAGACGAGAUGUGGAAAUCAGUAAGUGCUCACUGUAUUUGUCCCAAACUGAAGGAGAUUCUGGAUGAAUGUGCAGGUUAGCACAGAACUCAUUUGAAUGAAAAACAAAUUACUUAAAGGAACUCACAGGAUUCUUGAUACAAAUUAGAAGAAAGCCAGAAUAAGCAAAAACAGGUGCAGUUAAUGAUUUGAUUACCAAGGUUAACUGAGGGACAGCAUAAACAAACCCAACAUAGACUGACCAGCAGGAGAGAGAACCAGGGUAUGACAUCAUUAAAAUAUAUAUUUUUGUAUUUAUCAAAUUAUGAAUUUAAUAAUAGCUCGAUUAUUCAUAUGUAUU